AUGCAGGUCAAGUCGAUAAAAACGUUCGUCAAAGACGUCAAGAGGAGACUUUCCCAGAAACAUAAGCGAAAGUCUUCAACCAAGACGACAUCGACGCCCACUACUACAUCUGACUCUUCCGCUCCGUCCACGCCGUCCCCACAACACUCUCCUCUGUACGAUGAUCAUUAUUCUCCGAACACAAUCAUUACACCAUCCAGCCCUCGCAGUGGGUCAAGCAGUGCAACUCUGGGCUCUCGUCACUCUUCCGACGUAAUCGAUAUUAGCUCGAAACACUCUAGAAGUCUCUCAGAAGACAUGAUGUCUGCUGAAACCCAUGGAUCGGAUAGCAGUGGUACCUUUGUCACCGCCGACUGGGGUCUUGCUUCCCCACGUGCGCGCAUUAAAUCCCUUGGCCGAAAUAGUUCGGUCGCACCACCAUCUAUCGCAGAAUCAGCCACUUCUUCCCACCCCAGCUCUCUCUACGCUUCUGCCCAAUCCAUGCAUCUGGAGGAUUCCGCCGAUCGCCCCUCACAAUUACUUCAGACUUUGCCUGAGGAUAGUGGAGAGGGUCUAGGUACACCUUCACAAGAGGUGGAACCUGAGGUACCAGACCCGUUCAUAGUUGAAGACUCGGAGGGUGUCUCGUCCGAAGGCGAGGAUGCCUCAUCUGACGUUGAAGUUGCUUCGCACGAGGACGAAAGCGUUCCCCCUGCAGAUGAAGAGAUCGCCCUCGCACAAUCAGCACUUCUUACGCCAUCUGAACUACCUCCCGCGAUACCUUCCCCAAACGUCAACAAAGACGUACCCCCGCCUCCCCCGAGCGAUGCCGAGUCUGAGGCUCCCGAAUUGUAUCUUCCUGGGCUCACCAUGCCUACCAUGUUCUUACCCAUCCCAAACACGGACCCUCUAAAUAUUCUCCUCACGAAAUAUGUAUCUCCGCUUGAGAAGCGUCCUGUACGAGAUGUCACUGGCGAAUGGCAGCAUUUUGAUUUUCACUCGAUGGUUAUGUCAAACAGCUGGCGUGCGCUUGCCAAAAUGGCCCGAGAUCGUCUAGUAUCAUGUAAUCCUGAGGACCUCAUUCGUGUUCUCGAUCUCUGGUCUCUGCGCCUAUCAAGCCUCGCUCGUCUCCGUCUCUACAACCAAACGUCCGCUGAGUGCACCAACCUUUUUGCAGUACUCAAUGCCACAGAGCCCCCGUCCGCCCGAGCAUACCUAUUCGACCGCGUCCUUCCUUUUGAGCUCGAGGUCAUGCACGCACGCCUCAAAUACUGGGCAGGCGACCCCAUGGGCUACCUGGACGUUCUUUAUGCUUUGCUCAAGAAGUGUAAGCUUCAAGCCAAGAGUUCGAAAGCCGAAGGCGACGAGUCCAGUUUGUCGAUGUGGCUCGAGCGCGCUGCACGGAUGUGCCUGAUCAUCGCGUCUCAAAUGAUCGAGAUGAAGGACUUCACUGCUGCAACGAAACUUUUGGAGCCCCUGUUCGCACAACGUACUGGGCCACAACCCUCCCCUGCUAUCCGAUCUGCCGUGGGUCGCAUUUAUCUGCAGAGUGGUUACCUCGCACAGGCUGUGGCGCACUUUGCUGUCGUGGAGGGUGAUGCUAGCGUCCCGCAGACGCUCAAAGAUAUGAAUGCUGCCUUACUUGCAUGUGCUGAGGGGAACUGGACGCGGGCGGAUGAACUGCUCCAAGCCCUCGUCCAGGCAGAGCCGGAUAACUUUGUGGCGAUCAACAAUCUGUCUGUGGCUCUUCUCAGUCAGGGAAAGCUCAAGGAAAGUAUCGAAGUUCUUGAGACUGCGCUGCAUAGCUCCCCAUCGGCUGUCGUGGUAGCAGAGCCGUACCUCUUCAAUCUUUCGACGCUCUACGAGCUUCAUUCAGCCACAGCUGCAGAGAAGAAACGCGACCUUUUGAUCGAGGUGGCGAAGUGGAGUGGAGAUGGACUGAAGACGGCGUGCUUGAAGAUGCCGUCUACAUGACAGGUUUAUAUCGUGAUAUAUCGGGCUUGUACCAUAUGAAUGGGAUGAACUCGUUUUGGCUCUGUAAACUGAUUGUGUAAAGAGAAACAGAGCCACAGCUGAGUGGUAUCACGUCGUUCACGAAAUGAUACAGAUUUAAAUCGGUACUGAUCAUUAUUCACUGGUCCCACGAAGCGUGAUACAUUUAACGGCUCCCGGGUGAUCACCAUGAUCCGACCGAGGGCGUUGUUGUCUACAGCCUCCGCAAGACACUAGCCUCGGUAUCUAGCGCCAUGAUGGUUUCUCAGGAC